AUUCGAGCCAAGCUGAAGAACCUCCCCCCCCCGUCCAGUUGCGUUGACUAGGUGCAUCGCCAAAACCCCAGCUAUUCCCCAGCUGCACCUUACCUUACCUUACUUUUGCCUUCCAUUGCCUGCCUUACCUUACGGAGUACCUUAGCAUUGUCUCCUCCGUUCGGCUGCCGUACCUUGGGUUACCCAGUAUACCUUACCUUACCUUCCCGAGUACAUUUGUACCUCGACGCCCACCCUCCUCGCCUCCAUCGUCGUGCUGUUCUUCCUCUUCCUUAUUCUGCCAACUCCACGUUUCUUACAUUUCAGUACCUUACCUACUCCACGACAGCUUCGUUCCUUCCACCAACUUCCCCCGCCGUUGAAGUUUCGUUCCCCGCAGCUAUCGCAACAGCUUCUUCUCGUCUCUCCCGUAAACAACCUCACGCGCAACAAUGGCUGACACCGGUCUCCCCCCCGGCUGGGAAGUACGACACUCCAACUCCAAGAACCUGCCCUACUACUUCAAUGCCGCCGAAAAGGUCUCACGCUGGGAGCCGCCCGCGGGAACCGACACCGAGAAGCUGAAGCACUACAUGGCCACCCAUCACAGCGCUGGCGCCGGCGCAAGAUCCCAGGCUGUUCCCGUGCCAGAGGGGAAGAUCCGCGCUGCCCACCUGCUGGUCAAGCACAAGGACAGCCGGCGCCCUUCCAGCUGGAGAGAGGCCGAAAUUUCCCGCACCAAGGAGGACGCACUCGAGAUCAUCAAGGCUCACGAGGCCAAGAUCAAGUCCGGUUCCACCACGCUCGGCGAGCUGGCCCUGACCGAGUCCGACUGCAGCAGUGCCCGUAAGAGGGGUGACUUGGGCUACUUCGGCAAGGGUGACAUGCAACGGGAGUUUGAAGAAGCUGCCUUUGGUCUGAACCCUGGUGACAUCAGCGGCGUCGUGGAGACGGCGAGCGGCCUGCACUUGAUUGAGAGACUGGAGUAAAUGAGAUAGAGUACCUAGAGACGAACAGCAUCAUGCGCGCGUAAGCAGGCAGGACGGGGUUCACAGAAGGAGAAAAAAAAAAGUUCAACCAGUGCCCAGUGCCGGUGGACAUGACACGGCUGGCCCAGCUGAGUCAGCCAGACGUUUAUGACAUUUUUUUUGCAGAAUUGUUCUUUAUCACGCGCUUGCCACUGGCAUAACUGUAUAUCAAAAAAAUACCAAACGCGCUUCUGAAGAGAGCUCCACGAGCUCGCAAGUACAAUUUGCCUCCCUCCGCCCCUUUGUCUAUGGCACAAUUAUGCUAUGCUAUGCUGCGUACAUUAACCAGAGCGCCGCCUGCCAUGCUCCAGGUCACCGAUUUUCAUGCGCUAAACUACCUCCAGGACCUCAAGAUACCUCGCCAUACGGGAGUCUGUCCGGUCCCAUGCCAGCAAGCUUCAUCAAGGUAGUCGUAAACGGUUCGACCGCACUGAAGACGACAGUAAAGAUCCCAAACACGGUCAUCGAGAGAGCAGCAUAAGGCGCAGCCCGGCUCUUCCUCUCAUAGAGAUAUGAGACGCCCAUGGCCGCGCCGUUGAUGCCAAUCGCCGUCCCUACCCCGAUGGUAAGCGCAUCGUCUCUCGGUUUCUCAUCUUCUUCUUCGUCCACGUCAAUGUGCGACUCUUGAGUCGAGUCAAACCCCAGCUUCCUCAGCAUGAACGGGUACAUCAGCUGUCCCAGUAUGCCGUUGCUCACUACUAGUGCCGCGGUGACGACAUCGUUCCCAUAGACCGCCUCUAUCGCAGGUCGCGCCAGCGCCAGCGUUGUGCAGCGCGCUGCAAAGGAGAGCGCCUCACGAGGCCCGAGACCAACCGCUCUGCCGAGCAGGACGGACACAAAGACGUUGAGUGCCGCAAAGGCUGCCGAAAGAACAACCACGGCUGCGCCGGCGCGAGACCAGAUUUGCUUCCGACACUCGUAGAGCUUGAACCCCCAGACAACGAAGCCGACCUCAAGGAUCGAGAUGGCCGCGUCGCCGGCACCGAACCAGUCGCUCGAGAGGUAAGAUCCCGACACCUUUGAGGUCCAGAUGAGGGAGAGAGUCCUACCGCGCGAGAAUUGGGACAGCGUUUUGUUGAUGGGUGUAUCCGUGGCGGCGGCUUUGGCACGAGUGUAGGCUAUCAUGCCGAGGGUCAUCAGUAGGACCGGGUUAAGCAGUGUCGUGACUGUCGUCUUGAGCCCUUGUACGCUGGAGAGGAUGUCGCUGCGUCCAAAAUUGCGCUGCAGUCUCGUGCUGCUGAUCCAGGUGAACCACAGCAUGCACCCGUCGAGGAUGCGGUCAUCGCCUAGGGCGUACGAGACAGGGAUGCCUACGGUGAGUAAGAGCCAGAUCGAUAGAAUGACUGGGUAGCACUCCUUGAACCAGCUGAACCUUUGGGUACCCUCUCCGCUCGAGACUUGGGGCUGCUGCGAACUGGAAAGCGAUGUCCGAUCUUGAUGGUGGCCCAGUGGGCUCGGAGGUGGGACAGGGGUCGGGCAGUCACUAUCGGUGAAGUAAGCCGAGACGGUCCUCGAAUCUGGACCCAGUCCCGCUUCCUUAUCGGUAUGGUAUCCGUUGAUCGUGGUUCCGUGUAGGGUCGUUGACUCGGACGGCCUGCGGCUGAGGGUUGGAGGGGGCAUCUGGAUGCGUGGUGUGGGAAUAUCCUGCCCGCCGGAGUGCCAUGGUUGGUCGUCUUCAGUGUCAACGUCGCUUCUCUUUUCAGAUUCGCGAAGGUAAAAGGCUGGAAUUCUGAUGAUCCCGGCGAGAAUGCCCCAAGAGAGCAGGAAGAUCAAUACCCAAAAGACGAC